AUGAACAGCAUGGCGGACACUGAUAGAGUGAACCUGACUCCCAUCCAAAGAGCGUCUGAGAAAUCCGUGCAAUACCACUUGAAGCAGGUCAUUGGGAGGGGUUCUUACGGGGUAGUUUAUAAAGCCAUCAACAAACAUACUGACCAAGUCGUGGCAAUCAAGGAGGUCGUGUACGAGAAUGAUGAGGAGCUUAACGACAUUAUGGCAGAAAUCAGCCUGUUAAAAAAUUUAAACCAUAACAAUAUUGUUAAAUACCACGGCUUCAUACGAAAGAGCUAUGAACUAUAUAUCCUCCUCGAAUACUGCGCUAAUGGCUCUUUAAGACGGCUCAUCUCAAGGAGCUCUACUGGGUUGAGUGAAAAUGAAUCGAAAAUCUAUGUUACACAGACCCUACUGGGGCUUAAAUAUUUACACGGUGAAGGUGUCAUCCACAGAGACAUCAAGGCGGCUAACAUCCUGCUGAGCGCAGACAACACUGUCAAGCUUGCUGAUUUUGGCGUCUCCACUAUUGUGAAUUCCAGCGCCUUAACCCUAGCGGGCACGCUCAAUUGGAUGGCUCCAGAGAUCCUGGGCAACAGGGGAGCCUCUACGCUCAGCGACAUUUGGUCUCUGGGAGCCACUGUAGUUGAGAUGCUCACAAAGAACCCACCCUACCACAAUCUAACAGACGCAAAUAUCUACUACGCUGUCGAAAAUGAUACCUACUACCCACCUAGUUCCUUCUCUGAGCCACUAAAAGAUUUCUUAUCCAAAUGCUUUGUGAAGAACAUGUACAAGAGGCCGACAGCUGACCAGCUACUCAAGCAUGUGUGGAUCAAUUCCACGGAAAAUGUGAAGGUUGACAAGCUCAACAAAUUCAAGGAGGACUUCACUGACGCUGAUUAUCAUUGGGAUGCCGAUUUCCAAGAGGAAAAACUAGACAUAUCUCCCUCUAAAUUCAGUCUGGCAACGGCUCCUGCCGAGUGGGCAGAAAACAAUCAAGAAAUGGAGUUAAUGCCGCCCACGGAAAGUCAAUUACUGAGCCAAUUGAAGAGUCCAUCCAAGCCUCUGACGGAGUUGCGCGUGCUUUUCAGUGUUUGCUCUCUUGAGAACAUCGCAGAUACAAUCAUUGAGUGUCUGUCGCGCACGACUGUUGAUACACAAUUAAUAAUUGCAUUUGGAUCUAUUUUCGCUUAUGACACCCAACAUAACCACUCUAGAUUGCGACUGAAGUUCAUCGCCAUGGGAGGAAUUCCGUUAAUCGUCAAAUUCGAACAUUUGGUCAAAGAAUUCGUCAUUGACUACCCUCAGGCUUUGAUUGAAUGUGGAAUAAUGUAUCCUUCGAAUUUUGCAUCGCUAAAAACCCCUAAGUAUAUUUUGGAGCUCAUUUAUCGGUUCUACGAUUUAACAUCCACGGCCUUCUGGUGUCGCUGGUGUUUCAAACACCUCGACAUAUUGCUCCUUCUGAACAACCUUCAUGAAAGAAGGGCACAAUCCAUACUACUAAAACUUUCAUCGUAUGCGCCCUGGUCUUUUGAAAAAAUCUUGCCCUCUCUGAUUAACCACAGAUUAAAGAAAAAAAUCCUAAUCAGCCCUCAAAUCACUUACAUAGUCUUCAAAUCAAUAAACUACAUGAUAACCACGAAUGACGAUAAAAUCCACAAGUCUGCUAUCCCUUCUUCUUCCUCGUUACCAUUGUCCUCCUCACCCACAAGGAACUCACCAUUGAACUCAGUGCAGUCUCCAUCAAGGUCCCCUGUUCAUUCUUUAAUGCCAACACGUCCGUCUUCUCCAAUGCGACACAAGAGCGUCUCAAACUUUCCGCAUCUGACCAUAUCUUCAAAAUCAAGACUGCUCAUUGACUUACCGGAGGGCUUUUUUACCUGGCUAACUUCUUUUUUUAUCGACAUGGCCCAAAUCAAAGAUCUAUCUGUUUUAAAGUAUUUUACCAAGCUUUGUUGCCUCACGGUACAUAUAAACAACACAUUGUUGAAUGACCUACUCAACAACGAUGCCUUUUUUGCUUUUAUUCAGAAUAUUGAUACCAUCACCCCUCUUAUCGACGACACAAAAACAGCAGCCUUCAUCUGGAAACAGAUCACUACUAUAUGCGUUGAUAUGAGUUUGGAUAUGGACCAAAUGAGCCCUUCUUUGUUUUCUAUAGCUAUGAAUUUCAUAAAAAAAAAGAACAACACGUCUAUCAGUGGAUUGGAGAUCAUACUGAACUGCUUGCAUUUCACGUUACGCAAUGCACAUGAUGAUGUAGCUCCUACAAUGGGCUCAACAGAGUCUCAUAGUGUUUUUCUCAUAAAGGUCAACAAUGACGUUGCUAUUGAACUACCGAUUGGUCGAUUGGUUGACCUGUUUUACGCAUCGAAUGAUGAUGACGUCAACCUCAGUAAACUAAUUAGCAUUUUCACCAAGAUAUGCUCAUUUCCCGGUUUUGAAAACCUUGCAAUUGAUAUCAUAUUUCACCCGAAUUUUUAUGAAAAGAUUAUUUCCUUCUUUAAUACUUAUUUCAACAGUCUGCUCAUUCAAAUUGAUCUAUUGAAAUUUAUAAAGUUAAUAUUCACAAAGUCGUUAUUGAAGGUAUAUGACUACACGGGAUUGCCAGAUCCCAUAAAACAAACGGAAUCAAAUCGUCACAAUAAGGCCACUGUUUUCAAACUCCGAGCCAUACUAGUACAAAUAACGGAGUUCUUAAACAACAACUGGAAUAAGGAUGACCGAAAAAGGAAUUUCAAUCAAGUUGGGGGGGACUCGGUUUUGAUAUGCCAACUAUGCGAGGAUAUUCGUUCAUUAUCGAAAAAGGGAAGUUUACAAAAAGUUUCGAGUGUCACCGCAGCAAUUGGUAGUUCACCAACAAAAGAUGAGCGCACUAAUUUGCGAUCUUCCAAAGCCAAAAGCGACGCCUUUUCCGUUCCCAUUACAUCAUUUCAAACAUAA